AUGAUCGAAGACGUCUUCGGGUCCCCAAAUUUUGAUGAUUCCAGCGAUUCCUGGUUGGGCACUCUUGAACUAUCUGCUCUUGUUAGCAAUCAGCAUUCUUCGCAUCAGAUCUCUUUGUCUUCUCCCAGACCCAAUGUUCGACUUUCAGGGAGUCAUGUGUUCUCCUCAGAUUGCAAAGAGUUAAUGUCUUUUAGGGAACGUCUCUUAUUGCAGCUACAUAUGAACUCUGCUUCAGAUACAUUUGAUCGUCGUACACUAGCGAAAGAAAGUUCACCAUCAACAGAAAGUCAGAUUAAAUUGGCCAGUCAGUUUUAUAAAAAUAAGACUGCUUGCUGUCUUUCAAUGGUUGGCUUACCGACUCGAGUGAUGGAGCUCCUCUCAGAACAUCGAGGCAUCACCGAUCUCUAUGACUGGCAAGUUGAAUGCCUUUCCAUGGCUUCAACGGCCAAAGGUUCGAAUCUCAUCUACAGUCUUCCGACUAGUGGUGGAAAAACUUUAGUUGCAGAAAUUUUAACUCUGUCUGAAGUUCUUGUGGCCAAAAGGAAUGUUCUUUUUAUUCUCCCUUUUGUUUCAAUUGUUCAGGAGAAGGUGAAUGAUCUUACUCCACUGGGUUUAGAGCUAGACUUUCUCGUUGAGGAGUACGCUAGCAGCAAGGGACGAGUACCUCCGACGAAGCGGUUGAAGUCCUCUGUCUACGUGGCUACUAUUGAGAAGGCUCAAAGCAUUGUUAAUAGCUUGAUAGAUCUCAGUAGACUUAAUGAAUUGGGACUGGUGAUUGUUGAUGAGCUCCAUAUGAUUGGCGAAGGUGGCGCUCGGGGCGCCGCUUUAGAAGCAAUCAUAACGAAAUUGAAGAUCGUUUCUCCGGGUACGCGCAUUGUUGGGAUGAGCGCAACUCUCUCCAAUCUCUCUGAGCUGACUGCAUUUCUCAAUGCCAAAUUGUACACAAGCAACUUUAGACCAGUGGAUUUAGUAGAGUAUGUAAAAGUGGAGGAUCACGUGUUCCGAAUCCUUUCAUCUCCCAUGUCGGAGCGCUCUUCCCUUUCUGAGCGUCUAAAGCACGAAAGAGUUGUUAAUUUUAAGUACUCAGAAGAGGUGAAAAGGCGGGAUCCCGACCACUUGGUAGGCCUUGUUGCUGAAGUCCUCAUGGCUUCAACAGAAAAUUCCUCUCGUUCUCCCUCCUGUCUAGUCUUUUGUCCCACUAAAGCACAUUGUGAGAACACUGCUCUUCUGCUUGCUGAGCUUUUGCCCCCACAGAUCGAUGACACGGCGGAGGAGGAGACACAAAAUCGGAGGCAUCAACUUCUCACCAAUUUGCGCCUUGAUGCCCAACGUGAAGAAAAUGUGGAUGAUUUAGAGAGCUGUUGUCCUGUUUUGGAGGUUACGGUACCCCGCGGUGUUGCAUAUCACCAUUCUGGACUGAUUCAGGAAGAAAGACGGGCGCUUGAAGAAGCAUUCCUCGAAGGCGACACUAUACGAGUGAUUUGUUGUACCUCUACUCUCGCAGCUGGGGUGAAUCUACCUGCUAGAAGAGUUAUUAUUCGCAAGCCCUACGUGGGAUCAGCUUUCCUAAGUUGGAGUCAGUACAAGCAGAUGGUUGGGCGAGCGGGACGUACGGGGUUGGAUAGCUGUGGGGAGAGCAUCAUUAUCCUGCAGCCAAGUGAGCGUGAGGCAUUUGGUCGUCUCAUGGACGCCGCUUUUUCUGCAGCCAGCGAGAGUGGAGGCGGUCUCUGUUUCAGCAGUCUUCUCUACGACAAAGGAAAGGGACUCAGGCAACUAAUAUUAUCUCUCUUGGGUCUUGGGUUAGCCAAGAGCUUGAAGGAUCUCUUGGUCUGCGUGGAACAAACCUUCUUUGCUGUACAAUCAGCAAAUCGGGCUGCGAAUGGAUGUGAUGGGUCGACUCGUGUGGCCGAGGCAGUGCGGGAGCAACUGCAGCACCUUCUACGUGGCAAGCUGAUAAGUCUAGCUACACCUUUAGAAACCUCGCCGUUGCUCACUAAAUCUCCUCGCAUUCCGCCUCCCCUUGGCUCGCCCAACCGUAUCUUCCGCGUGCUGGGCGCCUCCACCCCUCCAGAGGAGAUAGAACUUAAGACAGGUCAACUGGGCCGCGCAGCCAUUCGCGGAGGUCUUGACUCGGACCACAUCGCAGGCCUGAUUGAGGACCUUCGCCGCGCUGCACGUGCUCUUAAUACCGCCGGACCACUGCACCUCCUCUACCUCGUCAUCCCGCGCUCUUUUACCAACCUGCAACCAAUUCACCAGCAGCAACAGUCGACGUCUCUUACGUCUACUGCGACACCCUUCUCCAUGGACUGGGGUGUCCUCUUCGAGCGUGUCAGCUGGCUACCGCCAGAGGAAGCCAACAUUAAGCAAGACGAGGGUCCGUUAUAUCGCCUCUACCUGGCCUUAGCUCUUUCUGAGCUCUGGCCCCCUCGCUGUGAGACCAUAUGGCGAACUGCGCGUCGCUACGGUUUGUCACGUGGUGCUCUACAGAGUCUAGUCCAAUCGGCAGCCGGCCUGGCUGUUGGCCUAGCAAAUGCUGUUGCUGCUGAGUACUCUCGCGAUCCCGAGUUGUGGGCCUUCGCUCAUCUCCUCCCUGACUUCUCAACCCGUCUUGCAUACUGCGUCUCCUCUGAGCUCAUUCCCCUCAUGCAGCUUCCCGGGGUUAAGAAGGUUCGUUCGCCUAUUCCUACAUACCUAUUACCUUGCUUGUUGAGCAAUUACCGAUUGUUACAGGCGAGGGCCCGUCAGCUGUUUGCGGCAGGGUUCAAGACGGUGGCAGAAGUAGCAGCAGCAGAACCAGGACAGCUAGUGCUUGCCUUGGCGCCUUUUCUCUCUCGGCGCGCGGCUAAAGAAAUUGUCCAGUCGGCACGAAUGACUCUUGUCGACAGAGUGGAGUCGCUGAACAAGGAGGCUGCAGAGAUCGCUCAACUUUUUACUUCCUCUGUCGACACAGUUGCCACUUCCACCUCGAAUGAUGAGGCCGAAGGGGAGGAUGUGGAUCUAUUCACUUAG